GCUUCAGUUGAAGUGUGGCAGACUUGGAGCGAGUCUUCAGUGCGCUGCAGUGAUUCCCAGCUCAGCCUAAACGAUGUGUUCCGGCUAAAAGUCUUCUUUGCUGUAAGACAACUUUUCCCAGCCCUUCUUUUUCGGGGUUUUCAUUGAGAAACACGCUCAUAAAGUGGAUAAGGACUUUGAUCUGAAGCUGCAUUCCAACAGGCUCUGGAUUAUACUGCGCCAAGAGCGCUGGUCUGUCAUCAUGUUCCUUCACAUUGCCUUUUUCCUACUCUCCUGUGAAGCGGUGUUCUCCAGUGAUUGCCCAGAAAUCUGUGACUGCAAAUCUCCAAGCACAGUAUUUUGUGUUCAAAGUGGGGCCACCAGUGUACCCCGUGUCCCUAUCUCCACUGAAAACCUAUACAUCUUCCAAAAUGACAUUGUCACCUUAACCCGGGAUGACUUUAAAGACAUCACUGAGUUGAAAUCAAUAGAUUUGAGCCAAAAUAAGUUAACAGAAAUUCCUGACAAUGCAUUUGAAUCACUCUCAAAACUGAAUAACUUAGACCUUUCUGCAAAUCAUAUAACUCACAUUUCCAAGGAAAGUUUCUCAGGGUUGGUCCAGUUAGAGAGGCUGUAUCUCCAUGGAAACCUCAUACAGAGCAUUCACCCGGAGGCUUUUGAGGGUUUAGAGAUGCUGUUGGAGCUGAAACUGCAAGAAAACAAGCUUACAUCUCUGCCUUCGAUCGAUUUUCCCAGACUACUUCUUAUAGAUCUUAGCAACAAUAAAAUCCCAACACUUGAAUCCCCAAACUUCCAUACUCCCCAUCUAGAAACCCUAAAACUAUCCUCAUUGGGCCUCUCCUCUUUGGAUGAAGCUCUCGUAGCCUCCAUGAGAAACCUUCAUGAGCUUGACUUAUCAUCGAAUAAGUUACAAGAAGUCCCUCAAGCUCUAAAGCAGGAAUCUCUAAAGGGCCUUACCAAACUAAGCCUGGCUGCUAACCCACUUUUCGAAGUGAAAGUUAGUGAUCUUAAGCAGCUGGUCGCAAUUCAAGAACUGGAUCUAAGCGGAAUUAAUCUCCAGGGAUUUCCUGAAGGUUUUUUUGAAAACUUUCCCAAGUUGACAAAACUGACCAUAGCUGAGAACCCUUUUAAUUGCCUCUGUCCGUUAGCCUGGUUCCCUGUUUGGCUAAAAGAAAAAAAACCCAUCAUGAUGAUGAGACCUGAGGAAACCAGAUGCCAUUUUCCUCUAGUUAAUGCUGGGAAGAAGCUUUCUGCAUUGGAGCACAAAGAUUUUGGAUGUCCUCUUACCACAACGGAAUCUAUUGGCUAUCCUCUAGAAAAUACUCAUGUUCCCCAAAUCCCUACAACGUCUUCAGAAACCACCUAUACCAACGCCAUUCCUCCUCCUCCACCUCCUAGUGAUGAAAGUUUGUCCUUCGUAACAGACAAUCCUCGCUUUGGAUCAGAACCUCCAGUUUCCCCGAGUUUUUCAGGUGUGGAAAAUGAGCUACAUUUCUGCCCGCAAAACAUUUGUCUCAAUGGCGGGACUUGCUAUUUUGAUUUAAGCGGAACAAUCACCUGUUUGUGCUCAUCAGGAACAUCAGGCCUCUACUGUGAAACUGUAAGAGAAAAAACGGAGUUCCUGCAGCCUUCCGCAACAGAGGUUUCUGUGGUAACCUCGGUGUUGGCCUAUAAACUUGACGAGAUCAGCUCACGGGAAGUUACAUCAACAUCAAUACUUCUUGACCUGCACAGCUUCAUUGAGACCCGGCCCAACAUCCGUGGUAUCAGGCUGACCUACCGUAACCUUUCAGGUCCUGACCGUCGUCCUAUGAUUCUGAGUUUACCAACAUCCUACCCUGAAUACACUUUGCGUGGUUUGAGACCAAACUGCACCUAUUUAGUCUGUGCCAGUCCCCUUGGAGAAAAGAUCCGUUUUAAAGGCAACAGCUCUGUAGAAAUGGGUCCCUGUACAGAGGCUCGCACUAGUCCUACUGUGUCUGUAGAGCCUUUGGUAAAUCCAGAGACCCCUAUGACAAAGACUCUCAUUGCAGCCCUUGGGGUCCUAGCAUUAGUUCUGUUGUUGGCUGCUGUGGCUGGAGCUAUAGUCUGUGUACAGAAGAAAAGGCAGGCAACUGCAGGAUUGGAGUUAGAGCUUGGCCCAACAGAUCCUGAGGCAAUGGACUUUGAGGAAGUUAAAGUUUGUAUGGAAAAUGGAGUCCAUGCUAAACUUCCUAUCAAACAGCCUCAGGGAGAUCGUUGCCAAACACCACAACCACCUCCAUUAUUGCAACAAAACGGUAGUUUGGAACAUGAGGCUCCCUUGAUACAAGGACACUACCCAUCAAAUAACAAUAUAUCAACAGUGAAGCCGUCUUAUUUCUAAUGCUAAGCAGGAUAAAAAUGGAGUUCCCGUCAGGACUAUGCUGCAGUUCUCUUUAUAUUUUUUUUUCUUUUUAUACCCAUAUCAGAUUUCCACUGUUUGAAAAGGGCACUUACUGUCUUCUGUUGUGCACAUGAUGGAAUAACAGAGCAGAUAAUCUAUUUAAGAGACUCAUCUUUAUGGAUUUCAGACCACAGCGUAUUCAAAAUAUGCUUAACAACUACGUGACAGUGAAAAAUAUGUGAUUUAAAUUCAUGUAACAGGGUUUGACAGUGGAACAUCUAAUCCAAUCAAAAAAUCAAGUGCAAUCAAUUAGGAGGGUCUCAGUUUUGGACAAAGCCUGCUUGCAGUGACCUACUAGAACUCUUUGCUGUUUUUUUUCUUUUUAUAUGAAAGAAAAACACUUUAAUCCUGUUGCUGGAUAUGGGAAUUUGAAACAAAAAAAGCCUUGAACUGGAAAAGCGCCAGAGGCUCAAAGACAUGAAGACUUUUUAAUCACAAACUUUUGCAUACCUGAAUUGUGUAUAAAAAAAUUGCACUGAAAACCACAUUUUGUGGUGACUUCCACAAGGCUUACAGUAAUUUGAAUAAGCAAAAAUAAAUACACGUUUGGACAUUACAGACUAUCAGUGCAUCCAAGGUCUAAAAUUAAUUUUCGAAAUUGAUACUUAAGGGGAAAAAAAAGUUCAUUUGAAUUCAGAUUUGGGAGUCUGCUGUCUCUACUCAACCACCACAGUUUCCUACACCGCAGAGCCUUUGGAGUUUAUGGAAUUUAAUUUACUGUGAAAGAUUAGUACAACUGUUGUUAGCUGCUUUUUUGUUAUUCUAGAUCAGCUGUUGAUUUUCUGCUUUUACUUUGUGAAUUUUAGUAUUUUUACCAUGUCUCUGUUGUAAAUAGCUUUUGAGUAAUAUUAUUGUCUCCUUAAUGGGCAUAUGUAAUGCCUGACAUUUCCUUAAAAGAGAGCUAAUAAGGAAAACAAAACAAAAAAACAAACCACGAAUAUAGGUGAUAUUGCAGUUGAAAGAUAUAGAAAAAUGUCCAUGUAUAAAAAUGUAAACUUGGGUAACGGUACAUAUGCAAUGCUCACCCAAGACAUAAGUGCCGUCAGUAUCUCUCCAACUGAAAUGACAGUUUAACACAUAAAGAUUUAGAACAAUUGUUGACACACUUUAUUGCUGGGUCCCCAUUCUGUUUAUAUGAAUUAUAAUAAAGGAAUUACCAUUAUCCCACACCCAGGAAAAUUCACUAUAGUAAAUUACAUAUUUUAAUUUAAUAAAUUAUACACUUUGAACAUAAAUAACAUAUUUAAAAAGUGUAUUUUUUAUUUUAUUUGUUUGUUUUACUGUGUAACCAUAUUCAACAUCAAUAAUGAUAAUAAUAAAUUAAUUUAUUCUUCCAUAACCCUCCUCCCCUGCCACCCUCCAAGGGGCUGGCCACACACCUUGGAAAACACUAAUUUAAAGGAUAAUUUUGAAAUCUAUUAAGGGGAGAAAUAUUGCCUGUGAGCAAUAGCCUGGGGACCUUGCAAACCAGGACUAAAGAAUUUAAAAACUUUUAUCAUGGGCCAAAUUUUCUGUAAUCUGUCAGAGUGGCAAAUUAGCUUACAACAACAACAAAAACAAAUUGAAAUAUAGGAACAUCGAGAUAAAAGUUUCAAUUCCUGUUUUAGUUCCGACCGCCAUUCAUACAGGCUGAAUACAUCAGAAUGCAUCAGAGUCCCUUCCAAUAACUGUCAUCAAAUCAUACAGCGUAGCAAUAUUAAGCAAGACAAGUGCCUGUGCAGAUUUCAGUUUUCUUACUGUAAUCAGUCCAGUUUCAGUUGUAAGUUUUUUAAUUCACUACAGCAUCCAGCUGCCAACGUUUUACAUAUAGAAUAUUGUCUGUCUUAGCAGACAGUUAUCACCCCGGUAACAGCAUAAUGUUUGACCAUGAUAAAGUCACAUUAAACUAAUAUUGCACAUGUGGAGGAUUGGAAAGAAGGUGAAAUACUAUGAUGAAUUCUAAUAGUCCAGUUUUAUACCAACUUCAUUUAGGAUGCACAGAAAGAAAAUGAGUUGCAGUGGAAAGCUAAUUAUUGAACCAUCUCAUGCUGAAGGAUCCUCUGUAGAUCAUAGUCCUGUGAAAUUCUGCUUCUAUCAAACUAAUUUAGGAGGUUUUGGAUAAAUUUGUAGGAAAUUAGUAUUGUUUUCUGUUUUCUACAUUGUAAGUGAAAACCAUUUUCUGCAUAGAUCAUUUUAUUAACAAAUGUCCUCAUAUAUAUCCUUUUACACGUGUUGCCAUUAGACAGUCACAUGACCAUUUGACAUAUUCCCAUUUAAAUUUUUUUUUUGUGUGUGUGUGAAAUAACUGUCCUUGUCCUAUGUAAAAAAAAAAAAAAGUGCAUCAAACACUAUGGGUAGAGAUGACAUGUCUUCAGUCCUAUUAAUAUGGUGCUUAUUCCUUUUUUUUAAGAGAAAGUGUCAAGAAGUGCUUUUAAAAUUACAGUAUCAAUGGAGAUAGUGAUUAUGUAUUUACAUACAAUAUUUACAUGUUGUUUUAUUUUUUUUACAUUUUUUACAGAACAAUGUUUUCUUUCUUACUUUUAUAUUUAUUUUUUUGUUAACAUCAGUAAAAUUUCCUGAGUAGCAGGAAAUAAAUACAAGUUAUUUCUCUCAAAAUCUCAUGCAAACACACCCAUUAGGAAUAACACAUUCUAAAUAGUUUUUAGUAAGUAAGAUAAACUACUUCAGGUGGAGGAUAUCUAGUUCUGUAUGCACACAGGAAACUCCCUAACGCACUUAAGGAUUGGGAGACAGCUGCAUCCAACAUAUUGUCUUGGAGUUACAUAAACAUAUCACCACAAUGAUUGACAAUUAGGAGGACCACUUAUUUAGAUAAUCCACCCGGAAAUAAAAUAUCAUCCUCUAUAUCUUCCACUGUUUAAUAAUCAAAUGGGCUUGAGAGAGUUAGAAUUAUACAUCACAUGAAAAAAAAAAAAAACAGUUGGUAAAACCAUGGUAAAAACUGCAACAGAGAAGUGUAAUUAAUAUGUGUUCUCUUUUACAGAUAUAUGUCAUAUAUUGACUUAAUAAGAAACAUGUUUUUCACAGCAGAGCACACUCACACCUUCUGGUGUCUGUCUUUCUUCUUGACCUAUUUUCCCCGUUGGAAGAUUACUGAAGACAUUUUUUGUAGUUUUAAAGAGCUGCCGUUGUGACACUGCUAAAGACUUGGACUCAUUUGUAGUGGUUUUGCAUUAGAUAUUGACUACCUUAAAAAAGACAUCAGAUGAUUUUGAUAUUAAUCUAACCUAUCCCCGAUUUUUUCUGCCGAUCUUUCUGUCUAAUGUUUGAAGAUGAUUUUGCUUUCUCUUUAUCUACAUGAAAAAAAUGAUAUAGUGAUAAAUAUUAUGCCAGUCUCAAUAUGAACAAAGAAUUAACAUAUACUUACAAAUCAAACAAAGCAUUAAAAAUAGAUAGAAAAUAGAGGUAGCGGCAAUGCACUUGAGGAGAUCUCAAGGCAUGCCUGCUGAAUGCACUAAUAAACGGGUGAAUGCAUGGACAUUUUAGGUAAUGCAGGAUGGUCUACCUCUAUUUCGUAUACAUGCUGAUCAGCAUUUCAAUAUAUAAAGGCUCUUUUAUUUUCCCACUGUUUUAUUACAAUGUUGUACGUGAAGAAACAUGAACUACAUUGCAUUGUUUUGUCCAGUUGUAAAUUUUUCUUUCUUUGUUUUAUGCAUCAAGACCGUCCAUCAUCAGCCUGUUCUCCCAGUCCUCUUUUGUACUGUCAUAGAUGGCCAUAGAGCCAGGUUUCUCUCCUACUCAUUCAUUUAACUGGAAGAUUCUCUAUACUUCUUUGGUCAGUGAAAAUAGCAGGUUAUGUUUAUAAAAUGUUUUUAACACUACCUUCCCAGUUUGUUUCUUAUGUUGUCUGUUAGUUUCAGUUGUAGCAUUCCUGUAUUCUUUUGCCAAUGUUGAGAACAGUAUUAAAAUGCUUUAUUAUUGU